CUGGGGUAUAAAUAGGUCAGACAGCUGGGCUUUCCCCACUCUUCCUCUGUCCCCAACCCUCUGUCCUCAGUGCUUCCUCUCUCUUGGCCUGAUCCCGACUGCCACCAUGGCAUACCCCCUGGAGAAGGCCCUGGAUGUGAUGGUGUCCACCUUCCACAAGUACUCGGGCAAGGAGGGUGACAAGUUCAAGCUCAACAAGUCAGAGCUAAAGGAGCUGCUGACCCGGGAGCUGCCCAGUUUCUUGGGGAAAAGGACGGAUGAAGCUGCAUUCCAGAAGCUGAUGAGCAACUUGGACAGCAACAAGGACAACGAGGUGGACUUCCAGGAGUACUGUGUCUUCCUGUCCUGCAUCGCCAUGAUGUGCAACGAGUUCUUUGAAGGCUUCCCUGAUAAGCAGCCCCGGAAGAAAUGAAGGCUCCUCCAGAC